GUCGAUACAAGAAAUGUCAAUAUCUUCUAGAGGUCGCGAAAAACAUGAGAUACAUAUUGAGACACUUGAAGCAUCAAGAACUCGUGAAGACACUCGACUCAUCACCGACUUACCAGAAUCGGAACCAUUAGAUUCAUCAGCUGGAACUAUUAUUCAACUUAAACGAACAGAAAAACAAAAGAAAGAAAAGAAAAUAAUUCGUAAGCAAGAAAUUGAACCAAUUGAAAGUUCAAUUGAAUUCCAGGCUCAAGAAGUAACAUUAAAAUCUACAGGAAAACAGAAAGCAAUCACUCGACUCGAGUCAACUGAAAUCGAAGUCGAAACUUCACCCAAACAAGAGCCUUGGACUGAAAUGGUUUCCAUGGAGGACCGACCAACCAGCUUAAUUGAUGAUAAAUUAAGUCAACAAUCAAUUGAAUUAAACAAAAAAUUAGAACCUAAACCUGAACCAGCAGCUAAACCGAUUGAAUCGCCGGUCGAGUUUCCAGUUCGUGAUGUGACUAUUAAAUCAAAGGGAAGGCAGCGAUCUCUAACACGAUUAGAAUCCGUAGAGAUGGAGAUUGACGUCGUAAAGCCCAUUCCUUUACCAAUCGAACUUCCCGAAGAAACUCAAGACGAAAGUCCCACUAAGGGCCAAAAAUCGCUCGAAUUACAACAAAUACCUAAGCCUCCUGAACGACCUUCAAGACGAGAUACUGUUAAAGUAAUUCCAACCGAACCGACAACACCAUUAGCUCAAGAUGUAACAAUCAAAUCGAAGGGCCGAGAAAAAUCAUUAAUACGCUUAGAAUCAACUGAACUGGAGAUAGAAACAAAAGGGCCUGAACCAACUCCGGUCGAACUACCUGAAGAGAUUAAACCAGUUGAAAAGGUGCGAAAAGAUUCAACCGAAAUCCAAUUAACUAAACCAAUUAUGAUUAAGAAAAAGAUUCCAGGAGAAACUGUUAUAUUUUAUGUACCUGAAGUUCUGCCUCGUAAAUUAUCAAUUCCGGAAACAACUAAAAUCGAAAAGACAGUAAUCGAGAUUGAGAAACGAAAGAAAAUUGAACAACCGGAACAAGUCGAGGUUUCAUCGGAAACUUUAAUGAUUACAACUUCGGCUGAGCAAAUGACCGAUUCUGGAAAACCUUUGGAAAUGGAUCAGAAAUUAAUUCUAUCGAGACCAAGGUCAGAAUCGAUUGCUGGACCAAGUAUUGUCACACGGGAGGCAAUUACGGUCGGCGAAACGGGAUCGAGUGAAAAAGAGACACAACUCAAAGAACUAAGUAAACCUCCGAUCAAAAAGGCACGAGCGUUGAAAGGUAUUCCUAAACAGCGAUCACUUUCAAUCGCUGGUAGUCAAACGUUGGAAUCUGAGGUUCCACUUAUGGUUGAUUCACCAAUCAUCGAUUCAUUGGCCCCAGUGGCUGUUGACACAGUUCCAAGAUCGAGUGUCGAAGUUGUUGAAGCAAAGACAAUUGAGAAAACUUCGACUUUUGAACCAAUUGAAUCGAAGACUAGAAGAGCAUCGGUUAAACAAAUGGUUCCAAAACGACGAUCUCUGUCCAUUGAACGCAAAGAUUUAAUGGAAAAAGAGCUGCUUCGAAAAGUCGAAGAGCCACUUACAUGUCGAGCUUCGUUAGAAUUGGCUCCACCAAUUUUAGCCUUCCAGGUAACAAUGGCACCGAUCAUGGAGACUGAAUCUUCAAUACCAACAAGUCCAGAAGUAAUUGAACGCCAAGCGACCAGUUCACUUGAUACUCGAUCGGCACUGAUAAUAUCUGAUGUUAAACCUUCCCCACAGGAAGUUGACAUUUUUACCAGUGAGCCGACUCGAACUGAGCUGGUAGAUAUUCAGGUCGUUUCACUUCAAGUACCAGAAUCUAGAGUUGAAUUUUCAUGUGAAAUUGAACAAACUCAGAUUAUCGAGAAGCCAAAGACUUCCAAGGUCAAAGUGAAAGCGCCAAUUAAAACGAAACACUCACUUGUUGUCCAACAGAAAGAGUCUUUUGAAAAGGAGACCGAAAUACCGGAAACGAUACCAGAUAAAAGUCAAGGUGCUAUUCUGACCUUAGAAUCGACACCAACGUCAUUAUCAGUUACAACUGAUGAGACAUUUGAAACGUUAGAAAAAACUUUGGAAAUAAAAUUAGCACGUCCCGAAAUCGCUGGACAAUCGGUGGAAAGCCCAGCAAAUGCAUUAACAAUAAGCAGUGUUGAGAUCGGUGAAAGUGAAAAGGUCGUCCAAUUGACCGAUAUUCAAGAUAAACAACCAAAUGUCACUUUGACUGAGAGUCAAGCGAUUGAAGUAACUUCAUCGAUUCCCGACAAUUGA